UUAAUCCAGAAACCUCUUGUUGGGCUUACGGAUCCUCGUGGACUUCCUUCUCAGUUGCGGUCCAUCAACAAGCCCAACACCUUCAUCGUUGAGCUCAUCACUUUGAUACUCAUCAACAGUCCCCCAGCCCCGCAUCUCCAUCUUGUUUUCUUCAUCUGUUGUUUUCUUUAGUUUGUCGACAUUUUUUUUUACCAAAAAAAAAAAAAAAAACACAGUCCCCCAGAAAAUUUUACAAGCCAUGGAAACUUACAGAGAGAGAGAGAGAGAAUCAAAAGUGCAGAGAAAUGGAAGAAAGAAGAAGGUAGAAGAAGAAGAGGAGUAAGGGAUUUUACAAAGAGAAGAGAGACUCGUGAAGACGUAGAAGAAGACAAAUCGUUGAUUCAAUAAACUUUAAAAGGGUGUUUGAUUGAAAAAGACAUGGAUUUGUUUUAGUUUUACAAAGACAUGGUAUAUUUUAACAGGGUUUUCUCGAGGGAAAAUCAUUUAACCGGUUUUAAAAUCCGGUUAUUUCAAAAUUGAACCGGGUCUCGAGACAACAUAAUCACUCAAAAAGGUCGUCGUCUCUCUUGAAUCAAAAUCAAUCGUCUUCCUUGUUUCUCCAAUGGAGGAAAAUUUGGCGAAACCAGCUUCGAAACGGACCUCUAUUAAAUCCCAAUCCGAGUUCGAUUACUCUAUAAGGAAACAAAAGUUUAGAGAAAACUGUUUCAGAAGAGUUAGAGAAGAUAGGACUCGUUUGCUGUGGAAGUUGAGGCUCUCUGAUUGUCAAUCUUCUGAUCAAAAGGAGAUUAUCAAUUCUGCUUUCCAGGAUAUUGUAACUGACGAAUUGAAAAAAAUUGAGGAUUGGUCGAGAAACCUCUCGGGGAAUCAGACUGUAACUCCUGAUUCUGAUGAUAUAUUAUGGGAAUAUGAUGAGCAAGGUCUUAAAGAUGUUUAUGAAGGUGAUAGUGAAGAGAUUUUGUUGGAAAUGCAACAGAUAUUUUACAAGGAUUUGUGUUCAGAGACUACUACUACAGUAAAUGGAUCGUAUGUUCAGAACCAAACAUGGGAAGACGAGGAAGAUGAUUACUUGGCCACCUUGGUUUCUCACAAUAUGUGUUUAAAUAGUGAACUGGAGCUAAAACAGAUAUGGUGUCCGAUAUGCAAGCAAGGAGAGCUUAUGGAGAAUCACCGACACAUCUCCUGCAACAUGUGUAAUAUGCAGCUGAACAAAGGCGAAGAGGUUAAUCUGGACAUUCUGCAAGAACGGUUAGCAGAAGCGCACGCUGAGCAUCUCGAGAGAGGAUGCAGAUUGAAACCCGAGUUCUGUGUUCAGACUAACUAUAAUUUGAAGGCGUUAUACAUAACAUGUGAAGCUUGUAAUACAUUUGAGGUUGUUGUAUAAGCUAUUAACUUCAAAAAAAGAUGGGUUCACAUAAUUUUUCCUGUAUAUAACUCCCGGAGAUCAUUAGGCAUGGUGGAAUUCUGCAGAUGUCGCUUAUUUGACUUAA